UCAGAGAGAGGAGAGGGAGAGGAAGACGAGGCUGAGGGAGAGACAGGCAGGGGUGGUGUGUGUCGGAUGUACACGAACAUGCUGAGAGGAGAGCAUGCGGACAAGCCAUGACAACCAUGCUGAGUCCCAAGAUCAGACAGACCAGAAGAGCCAGGUCCAAGAGCAUGGUGAUGGGCGAGGUGACGCGGGGCUCCUGCCAGCCGGCCUCGCCCGGCCUCCACGAGGGAGCGCUGAAGGCCGGCUGGCUGAAGAAGCAGCGCAGCAUCAUGAAGAACUGGCAACUGAGGUGGUUCGUGCUACGCUCAGACCAGCUCGACUUCUACAAAGAUGAAGAAGAAAGCAAACCACAGGGCUGUAUACCUCUGCAGGGAUGCCAGGUGAACGAGCUCACAGCCAACCCAGAUGAACCAGGAAGACACCUUUUUGAGAUUGUACCAGGUGGAGCAGGGGAGAAGGACCGCGCACCAAUCAGCCAUGAAUCCUUCCUGCUCAUGGCGAACUCCCAGACAGACAUGGAUGACUGGGUCAAGGCCAUACGGCGCGUCAUCUGGGCACCGUUUGGAGGAGGGAUAUUUGGCCAGCGAUUGGAGGACACAGUGCAGUAUGAGAAAAAGUUUGGCCCCCGGCUGGCCCCCCUGCUGGUGGAGCAGUGUGUGGAUUUCAUCAGGGAGAGGGGCUUGGACGAGGAGGGUCUCUUCCGAAUGCCAGGUCAGGCCAACCUGGUCAAAGAUCUGCAAGAGGCCUUCGACUGUGGUGACAAGCCUCUUUUUGACAGCAACACAGAUGUUCACACUGUGGCAUCCUUGCUGAAGUUAUACCUGCGAGAGCUGCCUGAACCUGUCAUUCCCUUUUGCAAAUAUGAAGACUUUCUGACAUGCGCACACCUUUUGGCCAAAGAUGAGGAGGAGGGAGUUCAGGAGCUCGGAAAGCAAGUUGACACACUACCUCUGUCUAACUACAAUCUCCUCAAGUACAUAUGCAAAUUCCUUGAUGAAGUCCAAACUCACUGUAAUGAAAACAAAAUGAGCGUCCAGAACCUUGCCACAGUUUUUGGGCCGAACAUCCUUCGACCCAAGAUGGAAGACCCGGUCACUAUUAUGGAAGGGACCUCUUUAGUCCAGCACCUAAUGACGAUUCUGAUCAGGGAACACAAGUGUUUGUACUCAGGGAGGGACCAGGAGGGCCUCAGUGUACCCCAAGCUGAGCAUCAGCUCCUCAAUCGUACCCUUGGCGCCUGGAUCUCUGAAGAGGACUUGCAGAGCUGCCCCAUCUCUAACCCAGAACAAGAACUGAACAGCAGUGCCUCGUCACUUGAAGCCAAACUGUGGGCCGCCGUCACCCCCACACAGAACCCUAACCCAAACCCUGGACCAAAACUGGGGUCUUUGUCGGCAAAGGGGGAGACAGUGGUGAGCCCGAGUAAACAAGUCAAGAGCAUCCCUUCAUGGAAGUACUCUUUUAAAAGCUCCUCUUCACCUCGUUGUCAGCCGCAGCCUAAGCAGAGCGGCUCUGUGGUGGAACCGAGCGCAGUGUCUUCUGGCGGAGGAGGAAGUAGUAACUGGCUGAUGAACGGUUUGUCCUCCUUGAGAGGGCACAGACGCACCUCAUCAGGUGAAAGUAUGGGCAGCGUUCAGAGUGUAGGCAGCACUCCUUGGUCCACCUCCUCCUGUGAGAUCUCAGUGCCAGAUUCUGGGAGCGGCGAUCCCUCGGCCCACCACAACUCUGGAGCGGUGCGUGAAGGUGGGGAUAAGGGGGAGUGGACGGAGAGUCAGAGGGAGCCUGAGAUGGGAUGCGACGGGGGGACGACCACAGAGCCGAGCGCUGAGCAGGACAGCUGUGAGGCCUAUGGUGAGAAUGGCAAUGCGAGCAUGGUAGCUGGAGUUCCGUCCAUCAUCAUGUCUGAGGAUGGAGACGGAACGAACGUCGCACUGAGCAGUCUGGUCGAGGACCUCAAGAACGAGCUCAGGAAACAGAAGGCUGCUUAUGAGGCCAGAAUCCAAAAGUUGGAGGACUCCAGUGCUGUCCUGUGCGCUCACAUGGAGCGUUUAGAGCAGGAGAUGGAGCAGGAGAAGAAGAGGCAACGCAUGCUGGAGAUCAAACUGCGGAACUCCGAGCGAGCUCGGGAGGACGCAGAGAACCGCAACAAACUUCUGGAGAAGGAGAUGGAGGACUUCUUUUCCACCCUGGGAGAUCUUACCAUGAGUACGAGGACCAGCGAUAUUUGACCUGAAUGGUGGGACAAAGUCACGGUUUGUUUUAGAAAAGGGCUCACAGCAUCCUCAAUGCAGCAGGAUUUGGGCCAUGUUUGAGUGCACUGAAGACCACAAAGAGACUCGGAGGAGGAAUUGGGGCCAGACUUUGAGGAGUGCAUGCAUGCUUCACAUGGAACAUGAAUGCAGUCACUCUUCUUUACUGGUGAGCACUGAUCGAUGUGACCAAACUGUACCAAGUCAAAUGAUCAAUGAAUGCAAUACCUGUCUCUGCUGUUUCACAUGGUGACGUAUGUUUGCUAAAUAUUAAGAUACAUUAAACCUCCAGUGUGGUUUGUGAUAGGGACCGAGCCCUGCCAUGAAUAGCAAAAAAACAAAGAAUUGACACCCCCAAAUAAAGGUUGAGAAUUCCCAAUAUUAAAAGCUUCAACUAAAUGUACAACAAACGCACUCAUAUCAAUUCAAAUUCAUUUUACAUCACCCUAAAAAAAAUAAUCCAUAAAAAUAGCUAUUUUCACACAAAAAUAAGACCUCGCUUGUUUGUUAGCUUGAGCUUUUUAAUAGCCGUUGAAGCAGAGCAAAAGCUAAAUUUAGCACGGCCCCAGCAUACAUCGAUCUUUGAACAAUCGAGACGUUUGACUUUCAAGAUACUUCCUUUACACCAAUUACUACUUUCUAAAUAGCCAGGACUAUAACGGCAUCUUAUGGCGUCUUACAGAAAGCGCACACAAAUAAAAUAGCUGAGCAUAGGUACCACAGAAAGAAAUGCAAAUGGCUGGGGGUUCACUAUAGUCCCGAAUCACGUUGCUGAAUUCACAUCUGUUCAAUUAUUUAUUUAUUUAUUUUUAACUAUUGCUAUUGUACUUUAGUAGCCAGUAAAGUGGAGGUUCCUCCGCUCACAUAUUGGAGCAUACACACAUUUGUAUUGUGUUUAGACCGUCAGCUAGUCUUGUCUGCAUUUGCCCUCAGGCCCUCUUCAGUCACGUGACUUCCAGGUCAUACCUUCAGUGUGUUGUGGUUAAAGUGAAGGCCAGUUCAAAGCGCGUCUGACCUGGCCGCCAUGUUGACUUUGGCACAUGAAGCGCAACACUGCCCUUAAAGAAACAAUGGUAUUUCCUGGUUGUGCCUUCAGUGAAGUCCUUUUAAAUAUUAAAACAAAAACAAAAAGUUAGCGUUGCUUGACUGGUCCACAGGCGUAACGUCCCUCAAGAACACAUUGUUGCAUUUACUCAUGAUGAAUAUGUUGACAAAAGUGCUGAUGACCAAUAACUUAGAAGGUGCCAAUUAUUGUUCAAGUGAUUUUGUGCUUCUUGAAUGGAAAGAAUGUAUCCUCCCUGUAGUGAAUGUACUCGUGUUUGAUGAAGCCAGCCUGAGAGGAAAUGCACUGGUCAGCGCUUCCUCCAUUUUGUGUCUUUGACUAACUCUCUUCGGAAGAAAAGAAAAAAGCUUGUGCAUAUCUGUUCAUGGAGCACUGCAUGCUGAAUACAAAUGACACAACAAAAGGGCCAAACAAUGAAAAUGUGCUUUAGUAAGAAUCAUGUGACUCUUCGUUAUUUUAAAUACACUGCAUUUUAUAAGCAGAUGUUAGGAUUUUUAUUGCACACGAAUGUCUUGGAAGACUACUACCAAUCACCCUUAACAGUUAUCACAGCAGUCCAAUAGAAACAUUUAUUUUCCUCGUAUGUAGGUAUGUAUUUUAUGUCACAACUAAGUCUAAAUGUCUUUAUGGGUCAUCAA